AGUCAGUGCGCCUGUCGGUCUGGGAAUGAGCGCAACUUCUACACACUUCUCUGUGUCGCACCGUUGCUUCGCCUGUGUUGUACUGUCACUUCACUGGGAGAGCGCACGCCGGAGGCUGCUUUCUGAGUCAAACUUGGCAUGGGUUCUUUGUCGGCCCUGAGGACCGUCCUAGUUUUGAACCUGGUCACGGCCCUCGCGGGAUGCGCCCCGGGUUUGAACGGGACAGCGGAGCGCUGGGAGGCCCUUUACUCCCGUUCUCUGGCACGGAUCCCGGGGGAAAAGCGGGAGGAGAUCAGUCGGGACGGAGACUACCUCCUAGGCAUUAAACGGUUGCGGCGCCUCUACUGCAACGUGGGGAUUGGUUUUCAUAUACAAGUGUUACCCGACGGCAGAAUAACAGGAGUACACAGCGAGAAUCGUUACAGUCUGCUACAGAUCUCUCCCGUGGAGAGAGGGGUGGUUACUCUGCUGGGUGUUCACAGUGGGCUCUUUGUGGCCAUGAACCGAAGAGGAAAACUUUAUGGAUCUUUACACUACAGCAACGAGUGCAAGUUCAGAGAGAAGCUCCUCGCCAACAACUACAAUGCCUAUGAAUCGGCCGCCUACCAAAGGAUGUUCAUGGGCCUGAGUAAGAAUGGCAAAACAAAAAGAGGAAACAGAGUGUCACCAGCGAUGACAGUGACACAUUUCUUGCCAAGAAUCUAGUGAGCUGAUAAAUCUACUUCAAGACAAUAUGGGAUGAAGGAGGGAGCCAAUCAGGAGAGGGCCAGGGGAGUGGGGGGAGGUUUUUUCCAAAUUGUGAUGCACUUUCACUCCAAGCCUUUUGUAAGUGUAUCAUAUUUGAUUUUUUACUUUGUACAUAUUCAGUUUUUUAUUAAUGUUUAACAUCUGUUUUGUAUUUUUAUAGGAAUGGAUGUCUUUUCACUGAGGGACAGUCAAUAUUCUAGACAUUUUAUUUAUGUUUUCAUUUCUUAUUUAUCAGACAUUUGCUGCUACUGAAUGAAACCCCGUCUUUCAAUGUAUUCUUUGCACAGAUGGAAAAAUUAUUACCUUUUUUUCUUUUUUCUUUUAUUUUACCUUUAUUUAACCAGGAAAGUCCCUGUGAGAUUAAAAACCUUUUUUUCAAGGGAGUUCUGGUCAAGAAGCAGUAAAGUAACUAAUAUUCUCUGCUGUACGGCAUUAGUUACACAAUGUCAUACAAAUAAUUACUAAACAGUCACAAUUUAAGGAAGUCAUCUCUAGAUCUCUCAGUCUUGAUGUAAAGGUUUCAGUUAAAGAAGUUCUGUUAAUUUCCAGUUUUUUUGUGUGUUUGUUUUAAAAGGCCCAUUUCUGUUUGAGGAAAUAGAUCAGUGAACUUGACUACCUGAUAUCUCAGCAGGUUUAUAUGUAUGGCAUUGUUCAAUUGGGAUUGGUUUGAUUCAGAAUCUUCUCAGAACAGAAAUAAGAUGUGUGUCUUCGUGUGAGAAUGUGGCACUUAUUGCCCAACACUUCAAACCUUAUGCUUCUCCAUUUCACCUGAGGAGGAUCUGGAGGUGUUCUGGAGACAUUGCCUUUAACUUAGAGUUUAGAUGGAUUCAUGUGCCAGCAUCAGAGACAAGUUCUCUUACUUACAGUUCAUUCUCUUUUCUUUAACCUGAUAGCAUCAGAAAGACAACUCCAUCCUGGUGACACAUACCUACAGCGAUUCCUCUUUUUGAGAGUUUUACUCUAAUACAGCACCUGCACUGUUACUGACUAUAACUGAAUUAAAUAAGCUCAUAAUGCUUACCAAAUAAUCAGCAUUAUUUUUCUCACUUUAAAAACUCUACUGUCCCAUGCAGACAUAUCUUUGUAUCAGUGUACUAUAUUUGUUUUUAAUCUUUGCUGCAGUAAUUUUACAGAAGCUUAUAGUUUAUUUGGGCCCUGCUGUCAGCAGAACAUCUGAUUAGAUAUGAUGUGGAAGCAUCAAACAAACCAGGCCUUUGAAUCUUGUAAAAAAACAGAGCUGCACCACUCAGAGCCAGGAAGAGGAGCUUAGUGCUGUUAAUCAAGCUUAUGUCUAUGCUGCUAAAUGUGCUAAUGGCAGAAAAACAACUUUCCAUUAAAGGAAAUCUGUUUAGCUGCUGUGUUUGGUGGCCAUGCUAACUAGCCUGAGAAUUCAUGACAGGCUCCAUUGUGGUGAAGCGACUGUAGUGCAGCAGAAAGCAAAUAGGAGGGUCUGAGCAGCGAGCACACAAGAUUUAUUGACAGCACUAACCUCCUCCUUCUGGCUGUGAUUGGUUGUUUCUGACCUAGCGUUGUAUUGCUGCAGAUGGCUGUAGCAUCACAGGGAGAAGCAGAGCAGCUUGAUUUUUUUCACAGAUUAUCUGUCUCAUUUUAACUGGCCUUAAAAUGACUGACACCAUGUCAGUGUCACCAUGUCAGUGACAUGGUGACAGUUUUGACAAAUAUGUAAAAAACUCCUUUUUUUAUUAAAGCUACAUAUGUUUAAUAAGUUUCUUGUAAGGAAACUUAGAGCACACUAGAGGGAGAUUGAAAUAUCAUAAUUUAGGAGCUGGAGCAACUUUUUAUGUAAUGUGCUGUAAUGACAUGACUCUCUCUGAGAGGGGAACAGCGUUAAACCUCUGAAAGUGGAAAAGUGUUCUGUCCAGCAUAGCACCAGCACUAGCCUCAAGUUGGGCAAAAAGGAGUAUGUGUGGCUCUGGAGCCUAAUUGAAAUAGUAUCGUGUUACUGAGAGAGAGGGACAGAGAAGAAAGAGGGAAAUGGACAAGAGAGGAGGAGGGGAGAGUUAACCCCACAGCCUCCACUGUGUCUGUUUAUAGCACUGCCAGAGGGGUGAACUCUGAACUUUUCUGCCGUCAGUCUUAGUCAGAGCUCUGUGUCCAACAGUAGGGAGAGGAAUCCUCUUUGACAUGAUUUAAGUGGAAAAUUUGGGAGUUUAUAGGCAAGGUCAAAGAGCUGAAAUGCAACAGUCAAGUAAUAGCCUUGACCUGGGAUAAGACUAUUCUUAUUUCAAGUAAUGCAUUAUUGUCAGGCAGCUGUCAAACAAGAAAAGUUGCUCUGUAUCAUUAGAAUAACUUUGCCAACUGGAAAAAUCUGCAAACUUGGUUUGUGUUGUUCGUAACUUUUCAUAAGAGCAUGUAAUACAAAAGGAAUGAUUUAUAAAUAUGAAGUUCAUUAAGAACUUAUAAUUGUUUGUUCCAUCCUAACAUCCUAAAUAUAGAUACACGCACACAUACACACACAGAGCAUUAUUGGUAGCACUCUGUUAAUGAAGGAAAAGCCCACAGUGGUUACUAAAAUAACUUGAAAUUGACAAAAGUAAUAAUAACUAAAAAUGUUCUAAGAAUGAACCAGUGAAAAUCAGACAUUCCUUUUGAAAUGCAAUUCAACAAAUGAAACAGACCAGAAUAAAAUUUAUUUUACCUGUAACUUAAUAUUUUGUUGCUCAAUCUUUUGAGGCAAUCACUGCAAUCAAACCAUUUCUGUAACUAUCAGUGAGACUUCUGCACCUGACCGUAGGUAUCCUUGUCCACUCCUCAUGGACAAACCGCUCCAGCUGCCUCCAGUUGAAGGGAAAGUCUUCUCCAGAUGUUUCAGCUCCACAGAUGUUCAACAGGAUUUCGAUCAUGUCUCAUUAAAGGUCAGUUCAGUAUAGUCCAAUGUUUUGCUCUGGGCCAUUCUUGGGCAGCUGUGUGUUUUGGGUCAUUAUCCUGUUGGAAGACCCAUGAGCAAGUUUUCUAUAACUAGGCACCACAUUUCUCUCCAGAAUGCCUCGAUAAUCUUGAGAUUUCCUCAAACCAGCACAGACUCCAGUCAAAGCAGCCCCAGAGCAUAACACAGCCUCCUCCAUGUUUCCCAGAGUUAUUUUCCCAGUAGUUCUUUUCUUGGCAAGCAAAGAACUGAUGAGCCAGUUCCAGUUUUCUUCUGCUUACUGAGGACAUUCUACCAGAAACUUUGUGACUUGUCAACAUGCAUUGGGGGAAAUUCUAGUCUCACAUUUUAUGCUCGCUUUACUUCUUGGUCGUCUCCCAUGAAGUCCACUUUGAUUCAAACAAUUAUGGAUUUGACACUGAUGUACCUUGACCUCGGAGUUGACCUUUGAUGUCUUUGGAGGUUGUUAUGGGCCCCUUGGUAGCCGUCAUUAUCUUUCUCCUCAAUUUGUCAUAAAUGUUCCUCCAGUUUUCAGUAAAUUUUCAUUUUUAUCACUUUUGUCAGUUACAAGUUUUUCAUGGAGGACUGUGGGUUUUUAUGGUCAUUAACAGAGGUGUGCUUAUAUCUAUAUUUGUAUAUAUCUAUAGAUGGACAGAUAGGGAGGCUAUAAUUAUAGCAUAAAUUACUAUGUAGUUAAUAAAAAUAGCUCUUUGUUCCAAAGGAAUGUGAAAUUCAAUUUGAUAGUUUGAAAAAAUUUACAAAAUGAGUAUUUGUUCAGUACAAACAUCACACUAUUUACAUUCAGUUUCAAUAAAACUGUUCCAAACAGCAGAAAUCUGCAGAAACAUGCUGCUGAUUUUUACCACCACUUCACACCUACUCACCAGUUUAACUCUGACUGCUCCUCCGGUGGCUCUGAGGUGUAACAGCAGAGGAUUCAUUUCUGUAACUAUGCUUACAUAACAAAAGAAAAGGCAUUUAACACAUUCUUAGAAAGAAAAUAGUUUUUGACAAAA